AUGUAAAAUCAAGAACUAAACUAAUUUGUUAAAUAUGAUUAGUUUUCUUCAUAUCUAACCAAAUCCCAGGUCAAAUACAUAGAGACUCGCAAUCCCUUAGACUACUAUUAGAAAAACAACAUCCAGACACAGAAUUGGGAUUCAAGCCUUCUCCAAACCAAACCACAAGUAACUUAGGAACUUGACAAAAUCAAUAAUCUGGUUGAUUCUCUCUUCGCAAAGAAGGACUCUCAGCUGUAUUAGAAAUAAGAACCCAAAGAACGCAAUUAGAAGUCAUUUACGGAGAAAUUCUCACCUAUGGGAAACAUUCUAUCUGAAACAACCUAAUCUCUGGAUUACAAUCCACCUCAAUAGCAGGGUCAUCAGAGUCUUAUUGAUCUUAAAACUGACAUUCUAAACGUGAGAUCAAUUUCAUUAAAAUAAGAACGUCCUAAAGAAGUCAAGACUUCGAAUGUACAAAAAGUGAUUGAACAGAAAGGACUGAAUCUCAGGCAAUCAGCUCCAUUGAGUUUGUAUGAAUUGAGAUAAAUAAAUAAUGUUGAAAUCCAGAAAGCAUUGAAAGUUCUGCAAAAAUGAUUAUAUAUUUACAAAUAUGUAAUAGUAAUUCGAUUAAAACAUACGAAGAUUGGGGGACUAUCAGUUCGAUUCCAAGUAUCUUUUAGGAGAGGGGGCCUUUGGCAAGGUUUACAGGGGAAGUAAAAUAAGCACGAAUAUGGAGGUGGCCAUUAAGAAGAUUGAUAGUUCAAUGAUCAAUAAGGAUUAGUAUCUAAUUGAUGCUCUAAGUAAUUAAAGUGAACAAGUAGAAUAGAUAGUGAAGUCCAAAUCAUGAAGCAAUUAGAUCAUCCAAACAUUGUCAAGUUUAUUGAUAAAUUUACAACUGAUCGCUCCAUCUAUAUUGUGACAGAAUAUUGCGCAGAUGGUGAUUUAAGAAAUAUUAUGAAGGGCAGAAAGAUACCCGAGACAGAAGUUAAUUAGAUCUUCUGUCAAUUGGCAAGUGGAUUCAAAGAAUUGGUGAAAGCAAACAUAAUCCAUCGUGAUCUCAAGCCAGCUAAUAUAAUGAAUCAUCGAGGUAUUGUUAAGAUAGCUGAUUUUGGAUUCUCUAAAAUAGUUGAUAAUUUUAAUGGAGAUUUGUUAAGGACUUGCGUAGGUUCACCCUUAUACAUGGCCCCUUAGAUAUUAAAAAAGGAGAAAUACACCACCAAGUCAGAUAUUUGGUCAUUGGGUAUUAUUUACUAUGAGAUGAUCUAUGGCAACUCUCCAUGGACAGGCAUGGAUGAGAAGAGUCUAACUUAAAAUAUCAUGAAAUAACCAAUGAGAUUUCCAUCAAGUGUGUAAUUGUCAGAUUUCGGGAAAAAUUUCAUUUCAAAAGCUCUGGAGAAAGAGGAAUCCAAAAGAAUGGAAUGGAAUGAACUAUUUCUGAUGUUUGAAUAAUAAAAGAGGUCGUUGCCUUAAGCCAAGAUCCAAUUUGAUAAGAAUAAACCUGCCAAUAAUAUCCUUGAUUCUCCACAAUCUCUUUAAAUUAAUGAGGCUCCUAAUUAGUAAUUAUUAUCCCAAUUAAAUAUACUGAACUUAUAAAGAAUGCAUCUCAACUUUUCACAUUUUGUGAAUGUGGAAAUCACCCAACAUAUUUCAAUCAUUACUUAACAUUACAAAAAAGAAUUAUAUUUUGAACUCUUAUGUCUUCUUUCAGCCAAAUUCACUGCUAAUUCAUUCAAAUUAUUACAAACAAAGGUUGUAACAUUGUUGGAAUCCUAAAAGAAAUCAAAUGAGUAUUCAAAAUUCAUCUGCCAAAUCUAAAACGAAUACCAAUUAGCAGCUGAACUUUGUACCAAUACUUUGUAAUACUUUGAUAGAAUUGGUUUGUUGUCUAGUCUAAGACAAUUGGCUGAUUUUUAAACAUUUAUUGAUACCCCAGAAUUAAAUUAAAAUCAACUCAUCUCAGUAGAGAAGAUCAUUAAGGAAAGAGUCUAAAGUGUUUCUAAAUAAAUGUUAUUGGUUUGCAAAGAAAACGAUGUGUUGAACCUUCUGGAUUAUUUGAUGGAGAUGUGUCUUAACAGAAGCAAAAUUAUGAAUGGAAAUAACAAUGUGGACUUUUCUUUUAUUCAAGAGAUAAAAAUACAACCAGAUUACAAUUCAUACUUAAAUUAUAAAUUGAGUGAGAUGUACGGUUAUUGA